GGCGGAGACAAAAAGCGAGGAGUGAAGCGCCCGCGGGAAGACCACGGCCGGGGCUACUUUGAGUACAUUGAGGAAAUUUUGACUCAUUCACACUAGGGCCAAGUCUCCGCAGCCGCCCGUGGAGGAGGAGGACGAGCACUUCGAUGACACGGUGGUUUGUCUUGACACUUGUAAGUGAAGCUGCGGCGCCCCCUCCUCCCCCAAUUUUCAGAUGUGGUUUCGGUUUGAAAUGUUAGGAAACUUCGUAGUACAUUGAGCUUAAGUGCAGAAGAUGUAACGGGGACAUGGAAACAGGUUUCCAAAGGCAGGAAGAUGAUUUAUCCGGUCGCUUAAAUAUUCGGUAUAACAUCAGCUGUAUUGAUAAUUACACAGGCUCUAGCAAUUUGGUAAUACUUUUAUAUUACUUGAAAGUUCUUUGUAGGAAUGUAAAGUUAAUGCCAACUUUUGACUCGCUAACUAAUGGAAACUUGUAAGGCUUCCUCAAUAAAGUAAUUUCAUCUUUUUUGGACUCACCUUAAGUGAGCUAUUUGGAUUAGUUACAUUUUAUUAAUGGCUUUUCCCAUUAGCACCCAAGUGUAUUCCCUAUUCUAAAAGAUUGUAAUAUUACUUUCUCAAUAACUGCUCUUUUGUUCUCAAUUCCAGUUCAGUAGCUGCUGCUUUAACAUAAGUUGAUUUCUUCCAAAGACCUGGGGCAGCAGCAGUGGCCUAUCACUGGGCCACUAGCUCUCUUCACCAGCGAAUGGUAUCAAUGGCAGCGCUGUAAAUACUGCUACUUUACCCAGUUGGGUUGCAGUUGAGUAGGAGGAAGUAUUAGUAUUGCAAACCUCUAAAUGGCCAUGGCUGUUAGAGUUGUAAAUUCUAUUUACGAAGAGAUUUGUUGAUUUAGUAUUUGAUCAGUUCUUAUCAGUUCUUUCAGUGAUAGAACAAAGGGUAGAAGUAAUUGCUUGAAAAAUAAGAGGUAAGGUGUCAAUCUGCCCUGUAGAGCCUGGGGAGUUGAAGCGUAGAUUCUAGUGUUUUUGAAUACAGAUUGUUUUUUUAUUCAGAUAUGUCAGAGUGUUAAUAUAAAACUCCUGAUUUCUUGUUGAGUAUCCUUUACAGAUAGUUAAGAUAGUGGAUGCUUUUAAAAGAAAGCUACAUGAAAAAGUAGUCAGAUGAAUGUUUUUAAAAUUCGGUUUCUUAAAUAUAAAGUAUUAGGUAUUGGCAAGAUAAAUGAAGCAAUAAUUCAAGAGGGUAACACUACUAUUAUAAAGUAGACAGACUUGUAACUGGUCACCUAGGAAUAUCAAUUUGUUAAAUGCAAUAUUGGGUUCAUUCUAUCAAUGACGGUUGGGAAUUUUAAGAGCAAAGCUAAUGGAAGGGGAAUUUCAAACUACGUAGAUUUAAUUUUUCUCACCAAUAAAAACUUUUUAAGGAAACAGCUUUCUAACUUCAGCUCUCCCUCAGAAGUGCAUGUUAAUGAGCCACUGACCCAUAGGUGGUGAGCUAGGUUAAAGACAUUCUGGAUUUGGAUAAUCCCGGAAGUGGGUAACCCCCAUUGUUGUUGAACAGGCAAGCACCAGGAAGGGAGACCUAAAGGGCUAUAAUAGCUACAGCAUUAGACAACUGGGUUUGUGUUUGUAGACUGAGGCUGCCUUCACAAGUUUUAGAAAAGGAUUUAGGAUCUAGAGUCCCUGGUGUUUUAAAAAUAGAAAGUACAGGAUCAGCAGCUCAUACAAUACUUGGUCAUGGCCUUCUGUCAGUUCUAUUGUGGCACUGGUAAAUUCUACCUGGUUCUGGCAUGCUUCACUUUGAUUUCCUGCUAUCCUCUACUGCUUGCCUCUAAAUCAAGGUAAAGAGCAGAGCAGGUAUGUAUUAAUGUCACAUUGUCUUAUUUUAUAUACUUAAAAUACACAUUAAACCUUGGUGUUUCUUAGUUUUAUAGGUAGUUUACACUUCAGUACAUAAUUUGGCAAGUGACUUGGUGGGAGUGGGGCUUAAAAUUGAAAAUUUAACAGCAUGUAAAAGUGUCCUAUGUAGCAUUUAGACAUACGUGCAGAAAUUUAAUAACCAAGUUUUGUCUACAUAGCAAAUAUGUUUACGUUUGAUGUGAAAAGAAAUAAUAUGGUAUUGAUGUAAUUACAGAUAAUUGUGAUCUGCAUUUUAAAAUAUCAAGAGAUCGCCUCAGUGCUUCUUCCCUUACUAUGGAGAGUUUUGCUUUUCUUUGGGCUGGAGGAAGGGCUUCUUACGGUGUGUCAAAAGGCAAAGUCUGCUUUGAAAUGAAGGUUACAGAGAAGAUCCCAGUAAGGCAUUUAUAUACAAAAGAUAUUGACAUCCAUGAAGUUCGGAUUGGCUGGUCUCUAACCACAAGUGGAAUGCUACUUGGAGAAGAAGAAUUUUCUUAUGGGUAUUCUCUAAAAGGAAUAAAAACAUGCAACUGUGAGACUGAAGAUUAUGGAGAGAAGUUUGAUGAAAAUGAUGUGAUUACAUGUUUCGCUAACUUUGAAAGUGAUGAAGUAGAACUCUCCUAUGCAAAGAAUGGACAAGACCUUGGUGUUGCCUUCAAAAUCAGUAAGGAAAUUCUUGCUGAUCGGCCACUCUUCCCACAUGUUCUCUGCCACAACUGUGCUGUGGAAUUCAAUUUUGGUCAGAAGGAAAAGCCAUAUUUUCCCAUACCUGAAGACUAUACUUUGAUCCAGAACGUCCCCCUAGAGGACCGAGUUAGAGGUCCAAAGGGGCCUGAAGAGAAGAAAGAUUGUGAAGUGGUUAUGAUGAUCGGCUUGCCAGGAGCUGGGAAAACUACCUGGGUUACUAAACAUGCAGCAGAAAAUCCUGGUAAAUACAACAUUCUUGGAACAAAUACCAUAAUGGAUAAAAUGAUGGUAGCAGGCUUUAAGAAGCAAAUGGCAGAUACGGGAAAACUGAACACACUGUUGCAGAGAGCUCCACAGUGUCUUGGAAAGUUUAUUGAGAUUGCUGCUCGUAAGAAGCGAAAUUUUAUUCUGGAUCAGACAAAUGUGUCUGCUGCUGCCCAGAGGAGAAAAAUGUGCCUGUUCGCGGGCUUCCAGCGGAAAGCUGUUGUCGUUUGCCCAAAGGACGAAGACUAUAAGCAGAGAACACAGAAGAAAGCAGAAGUAGAGGGCAAAGACCUGCCAGAACAUGCAGUUCUCAAAAUGAAAGGAAACUUUACACUGCCAGAGGUAGCUGAGUGCUUUGAUGAGAUAACCUAUGUGGAACUUCAGAAGGAGGAGGCCCAAAAACUUCUGAAGCAAUAUAAGGAAGAGAGCAAAAAGGCUCUUCACCCCGAAAAGAAACAGAAGAGCAAUAAAAAUAAGAGUGGCAAGAACCAGUUUAACAGAGGUGGUGGCCACAGAGGACGUGGCGGAUUCAAUAUGCGUGGUGGAAAUUUCAGAGGAGGAGCUCCUGGGAAUCGUGGUGGAUAUAAUAGGAGGGGCAACAUGCCACAGAGAGGUGGUGGCGGAGGCGGAAGUGGUGGAAUUGGCUAUCCAUACCCACGUGGCCCUGUUUUUAGCAGCCGAGGUGGCUAUUCAAACAGAGGAGGGAACUACAACAGAGGUGGAAUGCCCAACAGAGGGAACUACAACCAGAACUUCAGAGGACGAGGAAACAAUCGAGGCUAUAAAAAUCAAUCUCAGGGCUACAACCAGUGGCAGCAGGGUCAAUUCUGGGGUCAGAAGCCAUGGAGUCAGCAUUAUCACCAAGGAUAUUAUUGAAUACCCAAAUAAAACGAACUGAUACAUAUUUCUCCAAAACCUUCACAAGAAGUCGACUGUUUUCUUUAGUAGGCUAACUUUUUAAACAUUCCACAAGAGGAAGUGCCUGCGGGUUCCUUUUUUAGAAGCUUUGUGGGUUGAUUUUUUUUCUUUUCUUUUUUGUACAUUUUUAAUUGCAGUUUUAAAGUGAAUCGUAAGAGAACCUCAGCAUUGUGCACGAUAAGAGAAUGUGUCAGUAUUUCAGGGUUCUACAUUUUAUCUGUAAAAUGUGACUUUUUUUUUAUCACAACAAAAGUAAAAUGUUGCUUUGUACCUGGUGUCUUUUAUUAAGAAUUUACUCCCCCCAUUUCUCAGAGAUAACAGUCGGGAGUCAUUGUCACAAUAUAAUAGAAAUGUUAGCAACCAGAUUCAUGUAAGGACCAAGUGGUCCUCAUGAAUUGCAUAAGACUCUGUACUGCUCAUAUUACACUCCAUCCUCUCUGUAGUUUGCUGAGUAGUGGAGGGGGUAUGCUAAACAGUAGCUUCUGGCAAUAACUGGGAAGGCUUUUUCUUUUUAAAUAACAUUGGAAUUGGCAUAAUUGAAUGAAGAUACAACUUGGAACCAAGAUAGAGAAGAUGGAGUGUAUGUAGAAGGGCUGUUAAAAAUGUAAAACUUGGUUGUAUUAUUUGUGGAGGCUCAAACUUGUGAAGGUUAAAUACCAUAAUUUUCCAUUUGUUCUGCAUUUUGAUUCUGAAAAGAAAGCUGGCUUUGCCCAUUUCUUAUUAAAAAAACUUGUUGUAAAUCCAGUUGUCUAAUGGGAUCUAUAUGAAGUUAGCUAUGUCUGUAUGCCCUUCUCCCACAAAAUACUGUAUAACUAGUGUGCUUGUAGUAGUUAACUCCACCAUCUUUGUAAGCUAAUGCAAUUGUGAGUCACCCAUUUAUAUCUUAAUUUUUAAUCAUGUCAGUUCUUGAAUGGGUAUCUCCUUAGCCUGCUGAUUUCUUUUUUCUUUCUAAAGAAAGUGGGUGGAGAAAUUAAUUUAGACGUUUGUUUGCAAUAAAAAGAAUUCAUUUUA